AACAAACCGCCAUGUAAUGUAUUUUCUUCCACAAAUCGACGACAAAUGGAGAUACUUUACAGACAUUUAUGCGUCGCGAAUUUCAGACUGGUCCGUAGAUCCUAGGAAAUCAUGGAGAAAGUGAAGUUGUAUGAGGUGGUGAAAGUGACUGACGAAGGGGAGAGCUGCUACAACCAAAUGGAAGUGACUCCUCCAAGAAAGAGGAAAAGCAAAGCUCAGGAAGACAAUGUGGAGAAACCUAAGAAACCCAGGUCUGCCUACCUGCUAUACUACUUUGAUGUCCAUCAGAUUAUGCAACAAGAAAUCCCUAAUCUGCCACAGUCAGAGAUCAACAAGCGUAUCAGUGAGAGCUGGAAAAGGCUCAGCGUAGCUGAGAAAAGCUACUACCUAGAGAAGGCCAAAUCGGAGAAAGACGGCAUAGAUACAUCCUCUCUCAGUCCCUCCAAAGACCUGCCAGGCUUCCGCAAGAUCCUCCCCAGAGCCAGCUACUUCCUCUUGGCUAAAGGCUGCUCCUCGAAUCACCAGCCAGGAUUCUCUCAGCCAGAGGUCUGCGUGGAGUCUCUUGAUCCUCCAGUGGAGGGAGGUUUGCCCUCUGCCUCUCUCACCCAAGAGCCUCAGUUUCAACCUCUCAACUUGGCUGGUGAAGUAGAACUUUCCGAGCAGCUUAUUGUUGUCAAUGAUGUAGCAGAGGAAACGGCAGCGGCGUCUCAUCCCACGACCUUACAAGGAAACCCACCUUCUUCUUCCUCCUCCGUCUCCUCCAAAGCCCCGGCUUCCACAGAUGCCCAAGUCUCACAGAGCGCUGCUAACCAUAAAGCAAACAAGGUCACACUGAAAGGAAAUGAGACAAGAGUUGCUGGUGGCGGUUAUGGCGGGGCAAUGAUGCAGCAAAUACAGGGGGAAACGGCACAGAUGGUUGCCAUCAUACCCACCCAGAACCUGCUGGAGCCCAAGUCUUUGGCAGGUGUCAGCUCUGUGGGCCCAGUAAUGAUGGUCUCUGUAGGAGCCAGUGCAGAACGAAUUGCUAAUCCUUCGUAUAAAAUGUCUGUGAAGACAUACACCAGAAGAGGUCGAGGGAGGUGUCUAAAUCCUGGCUGUUCGUUUGUGUAUGUUACCCGCCACAAACCACCGACAUGCCCUGAAUGUGGGAGCCACCUUGGUGGCAAAUGGAUACCUGCUGGAAAGAAAACAAAAGAGAAAGAAGCUGCAUCCAAGCAAUUGCCAGAGAAAGCUGAAACCAAGUCUAAGGAAAGCUGCCAACCUACAUUGCCCUGUGCUCAGGAUGGGAAUGCUGAUAUCACUAAAACAAACACCACUGGGAGUGAAAAAGAAGGGCAAGUUCAACGGUGUGCCAAAAAGCAGUGUGCAGUUCCAGCUGUAAAACCACCAGAGGGCAGCAGCACCAAAUCACAGGAACAAACAGAGCAACUGAAAGACAGUGCGCAAGGUGUGAUAGCCCAUAGUCAAAGCAGAAGCAGUGCAGCUGUGCCGAAGAGACCUGUAAGACCCAUCCUCCCUGCCUAUUAUAGCACAGGCCGUGCAUUGUUCCAGAUCAUAACUGUCCCACCUGACAAAGGAAAAUUUCCGACUGCGAACAACAAUAAAUCCUCCUCUGUUCCUCGAGAGAGUUUCACAGGUCUCAAACCCAGCACCUUAAAACAGCUUGGCCAGGCAGUCACAACCACAGCCAAGCAGGAUCCUCCGAUUGCAGCAGAAGGAAGUCAGCCUGUUGCUUCACUGACUGAUAGGGGAGUGAAUAUCGUGUCAGUCGUGCCUUUCAAACAGCACACAGUCUCCAACUUUGAUUUGGGACUGUCUACAGCUCGAGGCAGGGGUCGCUGUAAGAACCCAUUCUGUGACUAUAUGUAUAAAAACAGACACAAACCUGCCGUGUGCCCUAAAUGUGGCUGCGAGCUGACGCAGAGGAACGCCAAAGGAACAAAGUCUGAGACUCUGCUGGAUCCAUACCAGGCCCUGACUACUGCUCAGAAAGACCUCCAGCGCCAGUCUACCCUGCAGCUACUGCGCCGUUCCAUUCUGAUUCCCGAGAGCGAGACUGAGCUCCAGGAGACACUGACCCUCAUCCAGGAGCUCAACAGUCUUCAGAUCGUCUUGGUUCAGCCAGGGGACCAGGAACAGGAGGAUGGCACUGAGGCGGAGACGCUAGUCGAGUCUGGGUGGCCUCAGUUCUAUGAAUCAGCAGCUACUCACUGUAGCCUGUGUAACUACCCUCUUUUCAAAGGAGAUCAGAGUACUGUUGCAGGACAGGAGGACUGCUGGUUGCUGACUGAGACACUGAUCCAGACGGCUUCUCUCCAGCUCAAGGUGUGUCUCAACGUUCAGUGUCUGGCCCUGCACAGCUUCACUGACCUGCAUCCAGGUUUGUUCAACAUUGGGAACAGACUGCUGGUCAGUAUUGAUCUGUUCCUGAAGAUCAGGGCCAAUCUUAAACUGGGCCUCCCACCCUCUCAGGUUGCUAGGACCCUACUGGACCAUGUCCCCAAUCACCCUGUCCACGCUCUGAAUCCAGAUGAGUCAUCUCAAAUUCAAGAGCUUCUCCUGAGUGGCUACUGGGCCUUUGAGUGUCUGACAGUGCGAGAUUACAAUGAUAUGAUCUGCGGCAUUUGUGGCGUUGCUCCAAAGCUGGAGAUCGCACAGAGAUACACAAAGAAUGUGCUGGAGCUCAAGAAUGUGGAGUUUACAUGGCCUGAGUUUUCAAUCUCGGAUGAGGUGCACGUGGAUGACUUUUGGCUGACCAUGGAAAGUGAAGCAAUCGAACAGGCAGCUUUCCCCACAGACAUCCCCAUCACACGGGUAGAUGCUUCUAUUAUUGCUCCCUUCAUUCCCCCACUGAUGAGGAGCCCCACUGUAAUCAACACAGAGAAGGAUAAAGUCCUGUCACACACACAGAAGCCCUCAGGAGAUCCAUCAGUUUUGGUACGUCUCAUUCAUGACGGUCAGCUGAGACUCGACAAGAUUGAAGAUCACAGUGACGACGAGCUGAGAACAAUACUGGACAGCUGUGGGGUGAACAUCACCCCAGGCUCUAACAAGAAUGAGCUGCUGGCCUCCCUGAUCUCCUUGUACACGCUUGUUCAUAGUGGUCUCUCCACGGCCCCCCAGCCCCCUCAACACCUCACUGCUGGAAAGCUUACCAAGGUCUGCCCCCACAAGGUGGUCUGUGGCUCUAAGUACUUGGUGAGAGGAGAGACGGCUCGAGACCAUGUUGACCUGCUGCUGUCCUCACGCUAUUGGCCCCCAGUCUACGUGAAUGACUGCGCUCGUCAGGUGGCUCUGUGCACUGACAUGCAGUACCCAGAGCUGGCAGCCCAGAUGUGGGGCAGGAACCAAGGCUGUUUUUCUGACCCCUUUGAGAAGCCUGUGUUUGUGUCGUGCUCUGAGCUGGAGGACCAGCUGUACAGCGCUGACCAGUCGUUGGUGGGAGAGAACCAGCAUGUCCACCCCAUCACCAAGUCGUCUUCUUGCUGGCUGGUGCAUCCUCCUGGAGCGGCUCUGGCCCAUGAACCCCUUGCUCCAGAACACUACUCCUUGGCCCUCUGCAGAGACCUGGAGCCCUACAUCAGCCUGGUGGCUGAGCUGGAGAGAGAGGAGGAGGAGAAGGAGGAAGGAUUAGAACAGGAGAAACAGACAGAUGAAGCUGACAAAGACUCCACAGAGAAACCAGAGGACUGUUCCUCAGUGAGCCAUGCACGGCAGCAACCUGUGGUUUUCAACAACACAGCCUAUUACUACCUUUUCAACCGUCUAGUGGAUUUUCUCUCCAGCAGGGACAUUGUGAACGAGCAGAUCAACCAAGUGGUGAAGGCUUGCCAACCUGGAGAGGUAGUGAUUAGAGACGCACUGUACCGACUGGGAGUGGCCCAGAUCAACACAGAGAGUGAGGAAGAUGAAGGAAUGGGUACGGGGGGACAGAAACAAGAGGAGGGGGCAGAGACUACAUAUGAGGUUAUCCUGCCUGAAUGAAAGAAUAUCAGGAUGAACAGAUGGAUUGACAUGCAGGCAGAGGGGUGGACUUAAUAUAAAAAUCCCUGACUGAAAAGAGAGGACUGCCCUUAAGAGAGAUGAAAGUGCUACCAGAAGGAGAAGAGAUGUGGUGUUAACCCUAACCCUAACCCAAUGACUAUGGAAACUGAAUAAUGAAGAGUUUUAGUGCUGGACAGUAUUUAACUGUUAAUAAGGACUGCUAGCCUGUGAGGGAGCAUAUUUGAUCAGCUAUACUGAAUUUACAGAUUGUAUAUAUUGAAUAUGGAUAAAGUGUGUUCAUUUUGGCAGAAGUGGACCUUCAUGUAAAGUGCAGUUGUCACAAACUAAAGAAUUACAUUUUAGAUUGCAGGUUAUAAGGUCAUUAUAACCAUCUCUAAGUCAAUGUAAAAAUAAAUACACAGAUAAUGGAGACUGUCAAAACUUACCACUUCAAAUGACUAAAAGAAUGUAAGUAUUUGUGUUUUUUAACCAGUAAGUUUCCAAGAGUUAAAGGAAGUGUGUGUGUGUGUGUGUGUGUGUGUGUGUGUGUGUGUGUGUGUGUGUGUGUGUGUGUGUGUGUGUGUGUGUGUGUGUGUGUGUGUGUGUGUGUGUGUGUGUGUGUGUGCGCGCGUGUAAUACACUUGAAAGUAUAAAUCAUGUUUUCCUGUUACUUGAAAGAAUGUAUACAGGGUUUUUAAUAACUCAGCUGCUUCUUGCUGGAAUAUAAAUGUUACCCAUGCUGUAUUUAUUGUUGUUUUUUUGCGACAGCUCUGCUUUAUGUUUCACACUCUUACCUCUCACUUGUUGCCUUUUGGACUGAGGUUUGCUUUUAAAAGGGGAUGAUGACAUGUGUCUGUCGAUUGUACUGUAUCUUAAUGUGUUGAUGAACUCUGUGGCCUUUGUUUUAUUUAGGCUCAAAAUAUCUUUUCAACAGAGACCCAGUCUAGGAUGCAUUCAAUGAAUUGUCUCAACUCCAGUUAACCAACUGAGAGCAAACUGAAGAUAUUUAGAAUACCUGCAGCACAAAGUGCGUUAGAAAUUAAUCUGAUGAUUGUUUUUUCUUAGUUUGUUAAGACUGGUCACUAGUGUUAAGCUUAAUGGUGCACUAACAAGGCUCUUGGAGUGCUGAGGCAGUUGUGUUGAAAAUCUGCACAUUUACUGAAACCUCAAGUAUUCAAUAAGGACAUCUGUUGGUCAAAAGAAAUUACAGCAGCCAAGUGUAUUGUAAAUAAAGAAAAUGUUGCAAUGUCUGCAAUAGUUGGAGCU